ACCACUGCCCCAUGGUAUUCGACCAGAAACAGCUGAGGUUUGCCUGUUCACAAAGGAUGAACCAAAUUUAUCAGCCGAACAGACUGAAAAUCUGUACAAGAAACUUCUAAUCCAGAAUGGGAUCAAAAGUGUUAGCCAGAUCAUCUCAUACAAAACCCUCAAAAAAGAGUAUAAGCUGUUUGAAGCAAAGCGUCGCCUCCUGAACAGAUUUGAUCUCUUUCUGUCUGAUGACCGAAUUAGAAGGCUCUUGCCCUCACAUCUAGGAAAACACUUCUAUGAAAGGAAAAAGGCACCUUUAUCUGUAAACUUGAAAGCCAAAAACCUUGCUAAGGAGCUACAAAAACAUAUCCAGGGGACUACGCUCCCAGUUACCAACAAAGGGUGCUGUUAUACAGCACGCAUAGGUCACACUGGAAUGAAAGCUGAUGAGAUACUAGAUAAUAUCAUUGCAGCAGCUGAGGUGAUUGCUAAGAAGCUCCCAAAGAAUUGGAAAAAUGUAAAAAUUCUUCACCUCAAGACACUUAAAUCAGUUGCACUUCCGAUUUUUACUGCAAAUAUCUCCAAUUUGGAUGAGCUUGAUAGAGAGCCACCUCUUAAAAAAAAGGAAGUAAAGAAGGGAAAAAACAAGAAACCGAAGAAGGCAGCUAAAAAAGUGAAUUCAAGUCAAGUCACUUUGACAACUGAACUUAAUGCUGCUGCUGCUACCCAGGAGCUUGCAAUAAAAGAAAAAGUAGUAGUCCAAGAACCAGGUGAUCAUGAUGAUGAUGAUGAAGAAAUUCCACAACUGGUGCCUGUGCAAACAACCAGCUUAGCUGAGCUGAUGAAAAUGGAACCAAGUCUAGAAAAAGGUGACAAAAUGGGUGAGAAAAGCAAAACACCCCUUGGUAAGAGAAAGAAGCAACCUGUAGCUCUGGAGACUCCAAAACCAAAACAUAAAGUUACAGAAGAGUGUGCAGACUUGCAGACAUCACUAAAACAGAAAAAAGCCAAGCAGCUCAACACGCCAAAGGAAGCAAUAAAAGAAAAAGAGAUGAAAAAGACUCCCAAAAAGCCUGGAGCAAAGUCUUUUGCAACACCCAAAGCUGGUAAAUCAAUUCAGUCAGCCAAGAAGUCUUCAAAAACACCAAAGAAAAUGCCCAAGAAAGCGUGUAGGCCACAGUCAGCAUGA